AUGAAUGCUGUAACUGACAUCGUCGUCCUCCCGCAGGCACAGCUGCAGAGCCGCGCUUCUCUCACAAUGUCAACAUCACCGGAUCCCGGUUCGGCCGAUGGCCAUAAUAUCCCUAGCCCAGACGACUCUACUAUUCAUGCCACUCCCGUAAUUCGAGUCCAAAACGACGCUUCAGAUGCUCAGAGCCCACAAAAUGACGCGCCGUCGCCCGCGUCGGCCGAUGCCGUCGGCUCGCCGGACGAGGGUGCCGAACCCGAGCCGGCCCAGGAAGACGAAGAGAUGUUGUCUGACUCGGCCAGCAACAAUGACCGGGCCGACGAUGGGGACUUCGUCGCCGAGCCCAGCCCAACAUCUGAACACAGUAACAACAGCGGCGCCGCCCCGCGUCCUGCGUCCACAUCGAGCCGGCCUGCUGCCAAGCGCAAGGCCACCUCGAUCAUGGAUGACGAGUAUAUCCGGGAGAACCCCGAGCUAUAUGGUCUGAGGCGGAGUUCUCGCCCUACACAAAGGCGGAAGAUCGUUGAGUCGGAGGAUGACGACGAGUCCUCUGAAUCCGAUGCCGCCCCAGCCCGUAAGACGACGAAGAAACGCCGCGUGGAACGGUCCCAGCCUGCUUCCAAGCGCGGCACCCCAGCUCGGCAACCAUCUAUCGACGAUUCAGAUUCAGAUACCUAUGGCGGUGCCAAGGCUCGCAGCUUCCAGAAAAAGGCCCGCCGGCAAGAACUGCAAGGCGUCCAAAGAUGGUCUAGCCGUCGCGCUGCCCAAGUGUCGGCUGGUACCUAUCAAGAAAGCGAUCUUGAAGAUGAGGAAGACGAAAAUAUGACCCCCGGCUACUGGGCCGCUGAGGUCGAGGAUAAUUCGCCCUACAUCGAGAAGAUCCUUCGUCAUCGCCCCAAACCGGGCGUCGAGAUCACGCCGGAUGUUACCCGACAUGAUUUCGAGUACUUCAUCAAGUGGCAGGGCAAGUCGCACCUCCAUAACACCUGGGAGACAACCGAGUCCGUUGCCGGCUUCCGCGGCUUCCGGCGUCUGGAAAACUACUUCAAGAAGGUGGUUGAGUACGAGCUCGACCUGCAGUUUGGCGGUGACGAAAUCACCCCUGAGCAGCGCGAGCAGUGGAUGCUCGACCGGGAACGCGAAGAGGAAGCCCUCGAAGAUUACACCAAGGUCGAGCGUAUUGUUGCCGUCCGUGAUGGCGAUGACGGCCUUCAGUAUUUCGUCAAGUGGAAGGGCCUCCAGUACGAUGAGUGUACCUGGGAGGAUGCUUCGCUCAUCCAGAGUCAAGCCCAGGACAAGAUCGACCAGUUUUACGAUCGGUCGACGCGCUCCUGGCAGUCGGACCGCAAGCAGUCUAACCCGGAGACACGCACCCGCAUGAUGAAGUUGGAGAAGCAGCCCGACUACAUCAAGGGCGGCGAGCUUCGCGAAUUCCAGAUGAAGGGUCUCAACUUCCUCGCCCUUAACUGGACGCGUGGCAACAAUGUCAUUCUGGCCGACGAAAUGGGUCUCGGCAAAACUGUUCAGACGGUGUCAUUCCUGAGCUGGCUGCGCAACGAUCGUGGCCAGGAGGGUCCCUUCCUCGUUGUUGCCCCGCUCAGUGUGAUUCCUGCUUGGUGUGAUACCUUCAACAAUUGGGCUCCAGACCUCAACUAUGUCGUCUAUCUCGGCCCGGAAUCGGCUCGUUCGAUCAUUCGCCAGUACGAGCUCUUCAUCGAUGGUAACCCGAAGAAGACGAAGUUUAACGUCUUGCUCACCUCAUAUGAUUACAUCCUUGCCGACGCGGACCACUUGAAGCCCAUCAAGUGGCAAGUCCUUGCUGUUGACGAGGCUCAUCGCCUCAAGAACCGCGAGUCUCAACUAUAUAUCAAGCUCAACAGUUUCGGGAUCCCCUGUAAAGUUCUCAUCACUGGUACCCCUAUCCAAAACAAUCUUGCCGAGCUGUCCGCUCUUUUGGACUUCCUGAAUCCAGGUAAAGUUCUGAUCGAUGACGAACUCGAGGCCUUGUCGAGUGCGGACAACAAGGGAACUGGUGAUGCUGAGCAGGACGAGGCCCGACGCCAGCGCACUCAGGAGAAGCUGCGCGAGCUUCACCAGGCCAUUGCUCCGUAUAUCUUACGUCGUACUAAAGAAACUGUCGAGUCCGAUCUUCCUCCCAAGACGGAGAAGAUCAUUCGUGUUGAGCUGUCGGACAUUCAGCUCGAGUAUUAUAAGAACAUCCUUACACGCAACUAUGCCGCGCUUCGUGACGCCAGUGGUCACAAGCAAUCUCUUCUCAACAUCAUGAUGGAGCUGAAGAAGAUCAGCAACCAUCCUUACAUGUUCCAAGGCGCCGAGGAGCGUGUGCUCAACGGCAGCACCCGUCGUGAGGACCAAAUCAAGGGCCUCAUUACCAGCAGCGGCAAGAUGAUGCUGCUCGAUCAGCUUCUUGCCAAGCUCAAGCGCGAUGGUCACCGCGUCUUGAUUUUCAGUCAAAUGGUCAAGAUGCUCGACAUUCUUGGCGAUUACCUCCGCAUUCGUGGUUACCAGUUCCAGCGGCUGGACGGUACUAUUCCUGCCGGUCCUCGCCGUAUGGCUAUUCAACACUUCAAUGCUGAAGACAGCGAGGACUUUUGCUUCCUGCUGUCGACUCGUGCUGGUGGUCUCGGCAUCAAUCUAAUGACUGCUGACACUGUUAUCAUUUACGACUCCGAUUGGAACCCCCAGGCCGAUCUUCAGGCAAUGGCACGUGCUCAUCGUAUCGGUCAGAAGAAGCCAGUCAACGUCUAUCGGUUGGUCUCAAAGCAGACCAUUGAGGAGGAAGUUGUCACCCGCGCGAGGAACAAGUUGUUCCUCGAGUACCUCACCAUCCAAGCUGGUGUGACCGACGCCGAGGGUAAGGCCCUCCGCGAAAAAUUCAAGGAGAAGGGUCUGAAGUUCGACGAGGCCAAGACGGCCGAAGAUAUCUCCAUGAUUCUCAAGAUGCGGUCUCAGAACCUCUUCGAGCAGACGGGCAACCAGCAGAAGCUGGAACAGCUCGACAUUGAUGCCAUUCUGGAGAACGCUGAGGUUACCAAGACGGACAUUGACGACAAGAUCAACCUCAGCACUGGUGGCAUCGACUGGGAUAACUGGAUGCAGGUCACUGAUGUCAAGCUCGACGAGAACGCGCUCGACUGGGACCAGAUCAUUCCUGCCGACCAGCUCGCAGCCAUCAAGGCUGAGGAGGAGAAAAAGAAGCACGAGGAGUACCUUCAGAAGGCUAUGGAAGAGGCUGCUCCUCGGAAGGCUGCUCUUAAGAGCGCCAAGAAGAGCGCUGAAAUCGAGCGUCAGGAGCGCAUCAAGAAGCGUUGGCGCGAAAGGGAGGCUGAAGACCUCGAGGAGCAGCGUGCUCUGCUCACUGAUCCCCGUCGUCCUCUUGGCGAGAAGGAGACGCGCAACCUCAUCCGGGCAUUUUUCCGCUAUGGCAACUUUGAGGAGCGCGAAGAGGAGAUUGUUCAUGAUGCCCGUCUUACGGACCGCGAUCGUGGCUACCUCAAGUCCAUCAUUGAUGAGCUCAUUGAGGUCAGCAAGAAGGCAAUCGAGGCCAACAACGAGAAGCUCCGUGAGGAAGAGGCCAAGGCUGGCAAACCACUAGCCAAGAAGGACAAGAAGGCUGUUCUGGUCGAUUUUGGUGAAGUCCGCAAGAUAAAUGCCGAGACGGUCAUUGAGCGCCCGCCUCAGCUCAAGCUGCUGCGCCGUGUAUUGAGGGAGCACGAAAAGGAGCACGGAGAUGCUUUGUCCUUCCGUCUGCCAGAGGCCACAAAGGCCGCUUCUUACACUUGUGAAUGGGGUGCCAGGGAAGACGCCAUGCUCCUUGUCGGCAUUGACAAGUACGGCUUUGGCGCUUGGACUCAGAUCCGGGAUGAUCCGCAGCUGGGCAUGAAAGACAAGUUCUUCCUGGAAGAGCACCGGGUUGACAAGAAGGAGGAGCGUCGUCGCACUGACGACAAGACCAUCCAGUCUCCUGGCGCUGUCCACCUCGUCCGGCGCUCCGAAUAUCUCCUCUCGGUCUUGAUGGCGAAAUACUCUAAUGACGAAAACGCCAAGAAGGCCGUGGAGAAUCACCAUCGAAGCAAGAAGCUCCUGACAAACGGCAUCCGCCGCAGCGAGCAGAACUCUGUGUCGGCUUCUCCUGCGCCGUCUAUGUCGAAGAAACCUUCCCAGAGGGAUCGCGAUCACCAUCGGUCCUACAGCAACGCCAACGACCGCGGCACGCCUAGGCCCGAUAAGCGUAAGUAUAACGACGACUACGACGAUCGCGAUUCCAAGCAGAGGCGGCUUGACAGCGACGCCAAGCACGACAAGAAGGCGACCAGUGGCAAGGAUCAGAAGGAGAAGCCCAAACUGGACCCCGAAACUAUGGAGCGCCUUAAGCGGGAGCGUGCCAGGGCCGUCGAGCGGUUCCAUGAGCUUACCAAGAUCCCGGACGACAAGAUCGAUCCCAAUGACAACGUCCAGGUCGUCUGGUCUAUUCUGCGCCCGCUCCAGGAGAACAUUGAGCGGAUCAUCUACUCCAAGGAACGCGUGCCCAUUGCAAAGGAGCGUGCCAAGUUCUUGGGUGCCGAGAUUCGUGCCUUUGGUAACUUCCUGCGCGGCCUGAAGGAGAAGAAUGGGCCCAAUUUUGAGGGGCUUGAGCAGCAGUUCUGGGAGUUCCUCUCCGACAUCUGGCCGCUCGGUGACGUCAAGGUGUCAGGCAAGCGCCUGCAAAAGAUGUACGUCAGCCUUGCCGAGGCCGAUCGUCAGAAGGAGGAGGAAGAGAAGGCAAAGGCCAAGAACCCCGACCUCGAGGAUGGCGAGAUCCCAAGCGACCGUGACGAACCUCCCCGUGAACGCGAUCGCGACCAACCAUCUCGUCGUCCCCCACCCUCGCGUGACCCUUACCGUGACGACCGCCGCGAGCAGCGCCAUGAGGAACGUCGCAAUGACCUCGACCGCCGUGCCAGCGAUGUGGGCUCCAGCGACGCGAAGCGGCGCGCCUACUACGAUGAUGACAGGCUCAGCUUCUACCGGCGCCGACCUGAUCUGGCUAACAACAGUCGGGGGAGCUCCAACGGUGGUGGGGGUAGCGGGAGCAGUGUACCGUUGAGGCAUCAUUCGUCUUCAUCGUGGCAUCACAGUCAUUCCCCGCCGGCUAGGAGGAGUCCGUACUAG